AGCAAGCAAGCAACCCCAUCCGCACAAAAAUCUCGCGACGACCCCCUCGCACUCUCUCGCACGCGCCGGCAUGGCGACUCUCGUGCGGUGGCAUCCACCACCACCAACAGCCGCGGCCGCCGCUCCAGCUGCUCGCCCCCUUGUGGGGCCCGCCCGCCGGCGGCCGCGCCGGGCCGCGACGGUGGUCACCCCCCGCGCGUUCGGCCGCGCCGACUUCGACGGCUUCGCGAGGCGCGCGUGGCGGGGCGCCAACGCUGGGGCCGAGCGGCUCGCCUUCGAGGCCCGCCAGGCCGCGCAGCGGCUGGACGGGAGGUUCGCGAUCUUGCGGAGGCUCUCCGAAGCCUCCCGCGCCGCCCGGGUGCGCGCCGCGGAGAUCGACGCCGAGCUCGGCAUCGGGCGGUGGUGGCGCUCCUUCUCUGUCGACUUCUCCCGCAACUGGCCAAGGUAUCGCAGGGAGCUGAAUGACUUCAUGGCCACUCCUAUUGGGAGAACUUUAUCUACACUAUUUUUCCUUUGGCUUGCACUGUCAGGGUGGCUAUUCAGAAUUUUCAUUUUCAGUACAUUUGUGCUGCCUUUCGCUGCCCCUCUUCUCCUUGGGACCUUUGCUAACAGGGUUGCCAUUGAGGGAACAUGCCCAGCAUGCAAAAGGCGGUUUGUGGGCUACCGUAACCAAGUCAUUCGGUGCAUGAAUUGCCAAAACAUUGUAUGGCAACCAAAUAACAGGUCCUCCGGAGGUGCUAGGAGUUCAAGAAGCUCAGAACCUGAUGUAAUUGACGUGGAAUACGAGGAGAAGUAAGAACAUUUUGUCCCACCCUGCAUUGCACAUCAAGGUGUUAGACUCAGGCUGCACACUUGUGAGCUGUUUGUAGAUUUGGCUCCUUCGGUAUCUGUGCUGUACAUUAUGUGUUCUUUAUUUGGAAUAAAACAAAAUUUUGGUGUUGCACGUUA